AUGGUCUCAAGCCCGCACUCGAAUUCGCAUUCUUCCCCCCCGCGAGUCCUCCUCAUCGCCCUCGAUGGCCUUGGACGUUCUCCCUUGACUUACUCCGCUCACACUCCAUUUCUCUCUUCUCUUCUCUCGAAGGGUAUAUCUUUCCCCAGUGCACAUGCUGUAUACCCAACCGACAGUGCCCCUAAUUGGGGUUCCAUUCUUCACGGAGUUCUGCCAGAAAAACAUGGGUUGACUAAUGGAGACGUUGAGAGCGGGAAGGAGUUUGAUGAGAAUAGCAUGUAUCCGAGUUUGUUUAAAAUACUAGUUAGGAGAGACGAAAAGGAAAUUAGCGUGAGGAAGAAAAAUGAAAAAUAUAGACAUAAAAUUGUUAUUGACAACUGCAGAUAUGGUAACAAGAAGACAAUGAUGACCAACAAGGAUAAAGUUACCAGGAACGCGUCCAAGUUUAUCACUAAACCAUUUAUCUGUGCAUCAAACUCGAGACACCCUGUUUGUGAUGAACCUAUAAAAUAUGCUUCGUUUGUCGCGUGGGCUCCAAUAAACACUGGCAUAAUAGAGCGUUCGAUUCCAGGCGCAUUCUACUCUCCCAAGUCAGAAUCUCUCUGCGCGCGUAUCAGACUUUAUGUGAAACAUUACAUUCUAAAAUCGCCCUCAUACGAUACGUACGUCUUACAACGGGUAUUAUCCUUUCUAUCUUCGCCAGAUUCGAAAGAUAUCGAGCUGUUGCUUGUUCAUUUUGUUGACGUCGAUGAGCAAGGUCAUCUCUACGGGUUCGGAUCAGAGAAGUAUUUGAAACAAUUGAGGAUAUUGGACGGACAGGUUAGAACGUUAUUUGAUGAGUUGGAGAAAGAUAAAUGGUUGGAAAAGAUGACAGUAGUUAUCACUACUGACCAUGGAGGGACGGGGACAUCACAUGGUGAACAUAGUAAAGACGAGAUGGGGUCUUUCGUUGUGGUGUGUGGAAGGGGUAUUCAGAAUAAGGAUAUACGAUCGCAUGAAGAUGAGAAAACGUCUAAAGAGGAUGUUAGGAAUAUGGAUUGUGCGGCUAUUGUGUUGGCUGCUCUAGGCGUAGAUGUGCCCGACUGGUUUGACGCAAGGAUACCUAAAGGAAUAUUUGAAUGA